UCAGGAUCCGUUACACACCUGCUACUCCGCAUAAAGCAGCUCGCAGGCAAACUAGGUCCGCCUACUCAUUACCUGAAGGAUAUUAAAUACAAGCUAAUCUAGGCAAUCAUCCAGAAAGAGCUAUUCAACUCAAAGAACCAACAGGUACUGGGGAGGUACAGAAGAAAUAAUUGCAACGCUGAGAGAGCCACUGGAAAGGGAAAAGAAGACAAGGCAUCUUACAGACAAAGCAAACUUUUCUGUGGAAAAGAACACAUUUCCUCUACUUAGACCAUUCAAAGAGGACUUUCCAAAGAGAGGAUUUUUAUCCAGACCAACCUAUACCACCAGAGAUCUAAACUGAUUUCCGUUCCAGAUUUUAUCACCCUUCAGAAAAAUAUUUCUUCACCAACAUGUCUAUGGGACUUGAGAUCCUUGGCAUGGCCCUAUCGGUUCUUGGAUGGUUGGGUGCUGUUGUCUGCUGUGCUCUUCCUAUGUGGAGAGUAACUGCAUUCAUUGGUAACAGUAUUGUGGUGGCUCAGAUCAUCUGGGAAGGACUAUGGAUGAACUGUGUGGUGCAGAGCACUGGGCAGAUGCAGUGCAAAGUAUAUGAUUCUCUCCUGGCUCUUCCUCAGGACCUGCAGGCAGCUCGUGCUCUUAUAGUCAUAUCUAUAGUAAUAGCUGUUCUGGGAGUCCUCAUCUCCAUCAUCGGAGCCAAGUGCACCAACUGCGUCCAGGAUGAGUCGGCCAAGGCCAAGAUCAUGAUUGUGUCUGGGGUUAUUUUUAUCCUUUCUGGUUUGAUGACUCUCAUUCCUGUUUCUUGGUCAGCCAACACCGUUAUCCGAGAUUUCUACAACCCUUUGGUGGUAGAUGCUCAAAAGAGGGAGCUUGGAGCUUCCAUGUACAUUGGGUGGGCAGCUUCGGCACUCCUCAUGCUAGGAGGUGCCAUGCUCUGCUGUUCUUGCCCUCCCAAACAAGAAAAAUACCCUGCAUCACGAGUGGCUUACUCAGCUGCCAGGUCUACAAACCCUGGUUAUGACAGAAAAGACUAUGUUUGAAGCAGAAAGGUGUGUCUCCACAAAAGGACUCCCUGGCUCACAUGAGGAGGCUUAAAACUAAAUAGGACAUCAUGUCCUAUAGCAUAACACAAACGUUCUUCUUGAUGUUGAAAUUGUGUAUGUGUUAUAUAUUAUAUAUUUUUAAAGUCACCAUGUAUUUCUGUUCCGUGUGUGUGAGUACGUGAGUAUAAAUGUAACGGAGAUGGACGCUUUCUAUUUGUCUUUGCAUUGGUAGAAUAUUCUUGAACUGGGAGGGGCAGAUUCUGGCAGAGAUGAUGUGGCUUUAGCAAUGUAACCCUUUCUAUGCUGGACAGGCAUCAUGUUUCCCCCAGGUAACAAAGGAACACCUUGUAUAUCUAUAGAAGAAUAUGAGCUACUGCAGCACGAUUCUCUAGGGGAAUUCCCUCCUCUUUGCAUCUAGCUUCCUGCUCCUCGCAUGAAAGGCUACCAUCAGGUGGAGAAAGUAAUGACUUAUAGAUAAAUGUGAAAAUGUAUAUAAACUUUAGCUAUAUGAUGCCGAACGUUCGUGCAGUUAGUCUGGGACAAAUCCAUGGCAUAUAAAAAUGUAGUAUCAAAGUAAAAAAAAAAAAAAAAAUCUAUAGUACCUUACUACUGUAAAUGCAAGACUGCUGAAAAAUAUGUAAAAUUCUAUUAUAAACUAAGCAAAGCAUUGAAAUAAAAAACAUGACAAACAGUUUA